CCAUCUUUCUCUCCAAACACAUGCAGGGAGGGAAUUGUGAGGGCUGCGCCAGUGUAAAACCUUUCAUGCUCAGAACACAUGCUUUUGAAGCCAGCCACUAAAAUGGCAAACCGAAACUUAAAAUCUUGUAACGCACACACCAUGGCCACAAGUGCAGCUCCCUGACUGAAGCCCAGAAUUCCAUCAAAGGGACCCAACUCCUGGACGGCCUUCUUCACAGCCUCCAAGCUCUCCUCCAGCCCAAGACUGGCCUUGCACACUUCCCCAGCAUCAAAGCUCCGUGCCUGGACAUCUGAGAACCACCAACCCCUGGAAUCUUCCUCGGCUUUGGACUCCUUUUGUUCCUGUUCCUGCACAACUAAUGAGGACACGCAUGGUAUAUAGCUGGACCUAUUUCUUCACCCACAAUGCCCGAGGGCCCAGAGCUGCACCUGGCCAGUCUGUUUGUGAACCGUGUGUGCAAAGGGGUUGUCUUCACAGGGGCUGUGGAGAAGUCUGAGGUAAGCAAAUGUCCUGAGGUUCCCUUUGCCUGCAAUGCUUACUGCAUCAGUGCCGCAUCCCGUGGGAAGGAGGUGAUGCUCACGCUCACGCCCAUCAAGAACGAAGGUGCAGCAAGCACAGCCAAGGCUGGUUUGGUCCAGCCCAUGAAUGUGGUCCUCCGCUUUGGGAUGUCCGGGUUCUUCCGUUUCACUUCCGUAGAGGAGCUCCCCAAACACGCCCACCUGCGGUUCUACACCAAUGAGCAGCCCCACAGGGCCCUGAGCUUUGUGGACGCCCGCAGGUUUGGCAGCUGGCAGCCUAACGGGACUUGGCAACCAGACAGGGGGCCCUGCAUCAUGUUUGAGUACCAGAGCUUUAGGGAUAACGUCCUGUCACAUCUGUCAGACCGUGCUUUUGAUAGGCCCAUCUGUGAAACUUUACUCAACCAGAAGUACUUUAAUGGGAUCGGGAACUACCUACGGGCAGAAAUCCUGCAUAGGUUAAAUAUUUCACCUUUUGUAAAGGCUAGAAGUGUUCUUGAAGGGCUUCAGUCAAAAGAAUUUUCUGAACCGGCCAAGUCGGAUAGUGAGGAGAAGAGGGAGGUAAAGUCCGAAGGACCAGAUCUACUCAGAUUGUGUCACACGGUGCCCCUUGAAGUCGUGCAGCUGGGAGGGAAAGGCUACGACCCUGAGAAAGCAGAUUACUCCAACUUUGAGGCCUGGCUGCAGUGUUAUUCCGUGGAAGGAAUGAAGUCAGUUAGAGACCACAAUGGCAGGACUAUCUGGUUCAAGGGAGACCCUGGCCCCUUGGCCCCAAAAGAUUCAAAAUCUCCUAAAGUAAAGAAAAUAAUUAAGAAAGAGGGAGGUGACUACAUUGAGCAGAAAAGGUUGCCAAAGAAGAAACCGACCCAAGCAGCCAAAAGGGAUGUAAAAAAGGCAAAGGAGAGCCAGGAUGACACCAGACCGAAAAAAGGAAGGGGCACACAGAGGAAGCAGGAAGUGGUCCCAACGCAGACAGGUACUGGGCUAAAUGUACACAGGAAGCAUAGCACAGGUGACAACAAAUCGGAAACUUUUAUAUCCCUACACAAGACACAGGACACAAGUAAACAAUGGUUUUAAAUUGCAGCUCAAUGA